GUAGGAUAGAAAAACAGAUGUAAAGUCCCUCAUGGCGAAGUUCAACACAGGGAGUAACCCGACAGAGGAGGUCUCCACCGGCAGCAGGCCCUUCAAAGUUGCAGGACAAAACUCGCCUUCUGGAAUACAAUCAAGAAAGAAUUUAUUUGACAACCAAGGAAAUGCCAGCCCACCCGCAGGACCCAGCAACAUGCCUAAAUUCGGGACCACAAAACCACCCUUGGCAGCGAAACCUACCUAUGAGGACAAGCCUGAGAAGGAGCCUAAACCCCCAUUUUUAAAACCUACUGGAGUGAGCCCCAGAUUUGGAACACAGCCAAACUCGGUUUCUAGAGACCCUGAGGUCAAAGUGGGGUUUCUGAAACCUGUAAGCCCAAAGCCCACCAGCUUGACCAAAGAAGAUUCCAAACCUGUGGUUUUACGGCCUCCUGGGACUAAGCUUCACAAUUUGAACCAAGAGUCUGACAUAAGGACGCCAGGACCGAAGCCAGGACCUGCUCCCCCAGUCCCAGAAAACGAUCUGAAGCCAGGGUUCUCAAAGGUGGCUGGAGCUAAGAGCAAGUUCAUGUCAGCAGCACAAGAUGCUGACUCCAAACCUCGAUUUCCCAGACACACCUUUGGCCAAAAGCCAUCCCUAAGUACAGAAGACUCCCAGGAAGAGGAGAAUACCUCUAAGAAUGUGUCUGUCCAGAAAGCAUCCCCAGUGCAGCUAGGAGCCAAGUCCAAGGGCGGCCCUUUCAAACCAGCUAAGGAAGACCCAGAGGAUAAAGACCAGGGAACACCAAGUUCGCCCUUUGCUGGAGUGGUUCUGAAACCUGCUGCGAGCAGAGGGAGCCCAGGGCUCUCCAAAAACUCUGAAGAAAAAAAAGAAGAUAGGAAAACAGAUAUUACAAAGAACAUCUUUCUGAACAAACUGAAUCAGGAAGAGUCAGCCAGAUUCCCUAAAGCUCCUUCCAAGUUGACAGCGGGGACACCGUGGGGCCAAAGUCAGGAGAAGGAAGGAGACAAGAAUUCAGCAACCCCGAAGCAGAAGCCCCUGCCUCCCCUGUCCGUCUUGGGCCCGCCUCCACCCAAGCCCAGCAGACCACCCAACGUUGACCUGACCAGAUUCCGAAAAGCUGACUCUGCAAACAGUACCAACAAAAGCCAGACACCUUACUCAACAACUUCCCUGCCACCACCUCCACCUACAAACCCGGCCAGCCAACCACCACUGCCAGCGUCUCACCCGACACACCCGCCAGUCCCCAGCCUACCCCCCAGAAACAUUAAGCCUCCCCUUGACUUGAAACAUCCUGUAAAUGAAGAAAAUCAAGAUGGUUUCAUGUACUCUGAUGGUACUGGAAAUCUAGAAGAGGAACAAGAGAGUGAAGGAGAAACGUAUGAAGACAUAGAAUCGUCCAAAGAACGAGACAAGAAACGGGAAAAAGAAGAAAAGAAGAGGUUAGGGCUAGAACGAAAGGAGCAGAAGGAGAGAGAGAAGAAAGAGCAAGAACUAAAGAAGAAAUUCAAGCUCACGGGCCCCAUUCAAGUCCUCCAUCACGCGAAAGCCUGCUGUGAUGUCAAAGGAGGGAAGAACGAACUGAGUUUCAAGCAAGGGGAGGACAUUGAAAUAAUCCGCAUCACAGAUAACCCAGAAGGAAAAUGGCUGGGCAGGACUGCAAGGGGGUCAUAUGGUUAUAUUAAAACAACUGCCGUUGAGAUUGACUAUGAUUCCCUGAAACGGAAGAAGAACUCCCUCAACGCUGUUCCACCGAGACUUGUGGAAGAUGACCAGGAGGUCUACGAUGACGUGGCUGAGCAGGAUGCUCCUAACAGCCACGGUCAGAGCGGAAGCGGAGGGAUGUUCCCACCACCCCCGACAGAUGAAGAGAUCUAUGAUGGGAUAGAAGAAGAAGAUGCUGAUGCUGGAUCCGUGCCGCAGGUUGACGAGAAGACUAACGCGUGGUCCUGGGGGAUUUUGAAGAUGUUAAAGGGAAAAGAUGACAGAAAGAAAAGCAUUCGAGAGAAACCUAAAGUCUCUGAGUCAGACAAUAAUGAAGGUUCAUCCUUCCCUUCUCCUAACAAACAACUGGAUAUGGGAGAAGAAGUUUACGAUGAUGUGGAUGCCUCGGACUUCCCUCCUCCACCUGCAGAGAUGAGUCAAGGAAUGAGUAUUGGAAAGGCAAAAACAGAAGACAAAGAUCCCAAGAAGCUAAAAAAGCAGGAGAAGGAAGAAAAAGACCUCAGGAAAAAAUUUAAGUACGACGGUGAAAUUCGAGUUCUAUAUUCAACUAAAGUUGCAUCCUCCUUAACUUCUAAAAAGUGGGGAACCAGAGAUCUGCAGAUAAAACCUGGGGAGUCGCUUGAAGUUAUACAAAGCACAGACGACACCAAAGUUCUCUGCAGGAAUGAAGAGGGAAAAUAUGGUUACGUCCUUCGGAGUUACCUGGUGGACAACGAUGGAGAAAUCUACGAUGACAUUGCUGAUGGUUGCAUCUAUGACAAUGACUAACACUCCACUCUCUUCAUUCCGCUGCGCCCCUUAGUGGCCAACAUGAAUUUUAAUUGGAAUGUUCUUGGGUAUUAUAGAAAGAAAAUUGAAUGUACAAAAUGAAAUGUCAAUCUCUAUUAAGUUUUGAAAUGUUAAAC